CAAAGCGAGCCCCCUUCUUCGCUUUGACGGCCCAGAUGACGCUCAGAGCCCAACCCGGAAACAGCGGCAGCAAAUCGCUUUUUUCUUCUUUGAGCCUGUGCCGCUGGCUUCUAGCGUGGUAUCCAGACGAGAGCCGUGUUUCUCUACGAGCAUCAAGCUGUCAGGCCAGCACGGAAGUCUGUUAUUUCCUCUCUACUCAGUCUCUGCAAAGGUCCCCGAAAGUGGAAGCGAAACGUCCAAGGCUGACCUCUGCUGGGGGACUGUGACCGGGGCCAGCUCCCGCCCAGGCCUGGCUGCUCCUCUCCGACAGACGCACAGCUCAUUGUUCGUAGCAGAACAUGGGGAACCUCCUGAAAGUUUUGACGUGCACAGAUCUGGCGCAGGAGCCCAAUUUCUUCCUGGACUUCGAGAAUGCCCAGCCCACAGAUGCUGAGCGCAAUGUGUGGGAGCAGGUGGAUGUAGUGCUCAAAGAUGCCAAGGGGAUCCUGGAUGAGCUGCAGGCGUACAAGGGGGCGGGUCAGGAGAUCAGAGAGGCCAUACAGAAUCCGAAUGAUGAGGCGUUACAAGAGCAGGCAUGGGCCGCGGUGGUGCCACUGGUGGGGAAACUGAAAAAGUUCUACGAGUUCUCGCAAAGAUUAGAGGCGGCGCUGCAUAGUCUCCUGGGAGCUCUGACCAGUGAGACCUACAAUGACCCCACUCAGCACUUGGAGAGGGAGCAGGCCCUGGCCAAGCAGUUCGCCGAAAUCCUCCACUUCACCCUGCGCUUUGAUGAACUCAAAAUGACAAAUCCUGCUAUUCAGAAUGACUUCAGCUACUACAGGAGAACGCUCAGUCGGAUGAGGAUCAACAAUGUACCGGCGGAAAUUGAGAAUGAGGUCAACAACGAGCUGGCCAAUCGGAUAUCUCUGUUCUACGCCGAUGCCACGCCCAUGCUCAAGACCAUGAGUGAUGGCACCACCAAGUUUGUGUCUGAGAACAAGAACCUGCCUAUUGAAAACACAACAGAUGUCUUAAGCACAAUGGCCAGUGUAUGCAAAGUCAUGUUGGAAACGCCGGAGUACCGGAGCCGAUUCAGCAGUGAGGAGACUGUCUCCUUCUGUCUGCGGGUCAUGGUGGGCGUCAUUAUACUGUACGACUACGUUCAUCCGGUCGGAGCUUUCGCCAAGUCGUCCAAAAUCGAUAUGAAAGGCUGUAUUAAAGUCCUCAGAGACCAGCCGCCCAACAGUGUGGAAGGCCUUCUCAACGCUCUCAGGUACACGACCAAGCAUCUAAACGACGAAUCCACCAACAAGACUAUCAAGAGCAUGCUGCAGUAGAAGUAAAAGUACUCAUAGUAGUAGUAGUUGUAGUAGUUGCUGCCUGAUGUACUACUGCUACCAGGGGAACGCCACUGUCCUGACUGAUGUCGCUGCACAGAAUGUCUUUUUGCUUUUUUUAUUUAAAUUUUUUUGUUACGGAGAUAAAAAAGAAAAAAUAAUCAUACUCCGCCCUGUUUUAUAUAAUGCAAAAUGCUACUGCCGUUAUUCUAAAACGUCUUUUUCGGUGCCAAAAAGAUGUUGCUGAGAUGCUUUCCGUAUACAGGCCACGCUAAGAUGGCAGCUACCGUAAGCAUCGUGGAUCCUCUGGUGUUUUUAAAUCUUUCCCUGUGUCAAGGGACAGGAGCGCUUUGACUUGAAAAAUUAAAAAAGAGAGAGAUAUAUAGAGAAGUAUAUAUUAUUUUCGUUAUUUAAGAUUACAUCCUCUGCAUGGUGAUAAUUUAAAAAAAACUCUGUUGAAUUUGCUCAAUUGUGCAUUAAAUGUUUUGUUAUCGGAAUGGUACUUCAUCGACGUGAGAUAAAGAGUACUGUUUUUAUAUUUUUUAUAGUUUUUAAUUUUGUGCGUAUGUCUUUUUCAUAGUUGUGUUGUAUUGUUUUGAUUUGAACUUUAAACUGUGAUAUGUGCAAAUCAAAAAGUAUCAUUGGUAGUCUAUAUACUGUCAGUGUACAGUAUGCUGAGGCUGGAUAAAUUAAAGGAGAACUCUUGUUUUCUA